ACUUCAGCUUCCCCUCCCAUUACGACACAACCAUGAAGGCGAUGACUCUGAUGCUUUCCCUGGCGGCGGUGGUGGCGACGUGGGCAAGUCCUCAGGGCUACGGCACCCCAGGGUCCAGUGGUGUGAGCGGCGGCGGUGGUGGUGGUGAUGUCUUCGCACCCGCCCAGUACAACUUCCAGUGGGACGUCAACGACUCUCCCUCAAACAACUUCUACGGGCACCAGGAGCAGAGGGAUGGGGACAACACCCAGGGCAGUUAUUACGUGCAGCUGCCUGACACCCGGACGCUGAGGGUGGAUUACACAGCAGACCAGACCGGCUACCACCCUAUCUUGAUCUUUGAAGGCGAGGCACAGUUUCCCAGCGGGCCAUCUAGUUCAGGGGCUGCAGGUCCCUCUGGCGGCACCCCUUCAAAAUCCUACGGCCAGCCAGGAAAAUAACACUCUAGUCAAAUCCCCUCCAAGUUUUACCUCCCUGCAGUCAAGAUCUAUCACUCUGAGACACAAAUUUCUGAUACUUACGGUAAAACAUGAAGACAGAUUCAACUUACUUCAUCUUGAUUAUUUGGUUUAUGUCUUCUUUUGUAUUUCCGUUUAUUCACAGAGAAGUGCCUGUGAAAGUAUGCCUUCCUAACCUCGGGUAGUUCCUUGCUGAUACAUCUAAACCCUGGCAUUGUGGAUUUGGGUUUGAAUAUUUUUGUCCGCGGCAGUAUAUGGCUCAGGUGUGGGCUACACGUCUUUACAAAGUUAACCUUUUAUGUUGUUAUUUGUAUUGUUGUUACUUUUGAUUUACUGAACUGUGAUCAAAAACCGAAUUAAUAAAAAUUUUAGAAAUGAA